CCAUUUCCAGCCAUGUCCUCUAGUCUGUCAUUCUACUCUACGCCCCCCGCUGCUGCUGCACCAACGACAAGUAAGGUUAUUCGCAAAAGGUCAAGCAAAGCCUGUGAGCAAUGUCGAACGCUCCGCAUCAAGUGUGGGGGAAAUGUACCUUGUGCUCCUUGUGUUGCUUCGGGAUUACCAGAUCAAUGUAUAAUCCGUCUGAAAGCUAGACCCAGGAGGCAAAGCAAUGUCAAAUCAGCCCGGUCGAUCUUAGAGCAGGAGCCCCUGAUGGCCAGCCCUAUCGCAGAGUUCAGCAGUAGUGGGACUGGAGGCGAUGAAAGGUCGUCAAGACCAUCAGCGGUACCGGGUCCAUCAAAUACUGCCGCCUCGACAUCUGUCGAAAUAUAUCCCAGCCCAUCCACUUCCCUCAAUGAAGGGUCAGUAUGCUCAGACAGUGCUCGACAUGUCAAGCACAACCCGUUAGACAUUAUCGAGACCACCUUAAAUGGAUGGUGCCAAGACACCGGUGAUUACAAAAGCCUCUUGAAUCUCAACGACAAGCUGAUCACCGACGGCGAUGUUCACAGGCAUUCCCAUCUCCAGUCUCACCUUCAAGCUGGAGUCCCGUAUCGCACCCCUCAAAGGCCCCCCUCUUCCCGGCCCAUCUCAUAUCAUAGCCUUUGAGGACAGCCUCAUACAGCAGCUGCUUGCUAUCCCCAAAUACGACGGUUUCCGAGCGGUCGAUCAGUCUCGACUCUUAUCCCUGUACUCUCGAUACCGAGCCAUUCCCCACUCCUUAACAGAGGAUCAGAAGGCCUUCAUGUACGCCAUUCUCUGUACGGGGAGAUUGAUGCAGAUACGGCAACGCUGGAGUGACGCGACGCAGGGGAGAGACAAGGAUCAGGCUGUAUCUCGAGAGGACGUGACAUAUUUCUGGCUGGCUUGCAAUGCGUUGAAGGAAUGGGGUCGAGCUUCCAUCUACGCCAUCUGGACAUUGUUUUGCCUUGUGCCAUACACCAUUGGAGCAGGUAGCAUAAGGGAGACUCAAACACUGCUCGAACAGAUGGGUUGGCAGAUCGUCCAUCUGGGUCUUCAUCAAAAAGCUACAGCAAGUUUGUAUGCGCCUUCGGAGCACGUCGGGCCCUUGAUGGCUUCCUUCUUCUAUACCGACGUAUUUGUCUCCUCUCUCAGCGAUUUGAAACCCUACAUACCUCUGCGCAAGGUCGAUGUAGAUCCCUCGCAUGUGUACAAUCUUGUCCCGGAUUGUCUAAGCAGAGCCUCGUCUUUCACGGCAGAGCUCCUAGCCGACUUCAACGACCCGGCCGUCGACACGUCAUCUUUCGCGUACAUUGCAACGAGCGAAACGAGCUGGAAUGAGGCUUUGCGUGAACUCAGAAAUGAGAAGACUGAGGCUGUUUCCAAAUGUCACGACGCGUGGGCAGAGUUCCGAUACUGCUGGCUACGAAUCCUGCUUCAUACUCCACAUAUUCAUCACCCCCUCUACUCUGCUCAGGCGUACGCUGCGAUAAGCAGAGCGAUAACUCAGAUCCUUCAAGUCUACGGCGAGCUCAUUGAAGCAGGCCAACUGAAUCCGUCAUGGCCACAGAUACAAAGGCUAGUCGUCUGUGGGCAGCUUGUGAUCUUAUGCUCUAGAUCAGGGGAACUGAGGCAUCUGGAGAUUCAAGACUUAUUCGACAGACUGGUUGAAGCACUCGAAAAGCAUGGAGCUACCUGGGAUACGUGUCUCGCGCUGGCCGAGGGGUUUCGCAAAGCUGCUCUGUCUCUUGGAUUCGAAGUCAAAGCGAAUGAGAAGCAGAAUGCGCCAAUUGCGAGCAGCCUGGAUAGCGGUAUACUGGGCUUAUUUGAUUCAGGAGCGCCGUUCAGCGGUUGGUCUUUGGACGACUUUGACCCUUCCAUGCUUUUUGCUUUCGACUAUGAGCCUAUGGAAUCGGAUGCGCAGCAGGGUGGGCCACCUUCAUAGCCGAUGAUGCAAAUAUGCGUGGCAGAGAGCGACCUUAUUGCAUGCAGCAG